GGAGCUGCUGCCGCUGAGUCCGGAUCUGAGAAGCGUGCACCCCGACGCCCGCCCCACGUGCAUUCCCGGUUCCUUGUGGUUCUAAGUCCAAGAUGGCCAGUCUCAAGGAUCAGCUGAUUGUGAAUCUCCUUAAGGAGGAACAGGUGCCCCAGAAUAAGAUCACGGUUGUCGGGGUUGGUGCUGUGGGCAUGGCCUGUGCCAUCAGUAUCUUGAUGAAGGACUUGGCAGAUGAACUUGCUCUUGUUGAUGUCAUGGAAGACAAAUUGAAAGGAGAGAUGAUGGAUCUCCAGCACGGCAGCCUUUUCCUCAGGACACCAAAAAUUGUCUCUGGCAAAGACUAUAAUGUAACCGCCAACUCCAAGCUGGUUAUCAUCACCGCUGGAGCCCGGCAGCAGGAAGGAGAGAGCCGUCUUAAUUUGGUGCAGCGUAAUGUCAACAUCUUCAAGUUCAUCAUUCCUAAUGUUGUGAAGUACAGUCCCAACUGCAAGUUGCUUGUUGUGUCCAACCCAGUGGACAUCUUGACCUAUGUGGCUUGGAAGAUAAGUGGCUUUCCUAAGAACCGUGUUAUCGGCAGUGGUUGCAACCUAGAUUCAGCCCGGUUCCGAUACCUGAUGGGGGAAAGGCUGGGCGUGCACCCACUGAGCUGCCACGGCUGGAUCCUUGGGGAGCACGGAGACUCCAGCGUCCCUGUGUGGAGUGGUGUGAAUGUUGCUGGUGUCGCCCUGAAGAAUCUGCACCCUGAGUUAGGAACAGAUGGGGAUAAGGAGCACUGGAAGGAGGUUCACAAACAGGUGGUUGACAGCGCUUAUGAAGUGAUCAAACUGAAAGGCUACACAUCCUGGGCCAUUGGACUGUUGGUGGCAGAUUUGGCAGAAAGUAUAAUGAAGAACCUUAGGAGGGUACACCCAAUUUCUACCAUGAUUAAGGGGCUCUAUGGAAUCAAGGAUGAUGUCUUCCUUAGUGUCCCUUGUGUCCUGGGACAGAAUGGGAUCUCUGAUGUUGUGAAGGUGACUCUGACUUCUGAGGAAGAGGCACGUUUGAAGAAGAGUGCGGACACCCUGUGGUCAAUCCAGAAGGAGCUGCAGUUUUAGAGUCUUCCAGUGUCG